UGUUGCCUGUUCGAUUACCAGCGCCUACCCGCUUUCAUUUCCGGCGCAGCAUAACGAAUGUGUUUCGUUGUUGUGCUCGAGUCCCGGUGGAUUUAAACAAGAACCAGCCGAGAUGUCUACCGCCCUUGAAAGCUACAUCAACCGGACCGUUGCCAUUGUCACUUCAGAUGGGAGAAUGAUUGUGGGAACAUUAAAGGGCUUUGAUCAGACAAUCAAUCUGAUCUUGGAUGAGAGCCACGAGCGAGUGUUCAGCUCUUCUCAAGGAGUGGAACAGGUUGUGCUGGGACUCUAUAUCGUCAGAGGCGAUAAUGUGGCUGUCAUUGGUGAAAUCGAUGAAGAGACAGAUUCUGCACUGGACCUUGGAAACAUCAGAGCUGAACCGCUCAAUUCUGUGGUGCACUGACCCACAAAAAACGACGGACAGAUUCAUUUUCUUAUUCCGAAAACUCCAUUUAAAGACAUACCCUAGGAAAUCUGCAGGCUUGGAAAAGCAGCAAUAUAAUUUGCCUUUUUAAUAUGGAAGAAAAUAGACUUAAUGGAUAUUCUUUUUUUACUUAUAUUGAAAUAAAAAAACACUGAAGAAA